AUGGCCACGGAGACGCAGACAGUGACCGACACCGAGGUCAAGCGGACCUUUGCCACUCAAUUCGAGACCAAAGAUCUAGUCACAUUUGACACUGACAAGCAAUACGGAGACUGGCGCGACGAGUUUCAUAAGAACGGCUGUGUAGUCAUCAAGAACGUCAUCAGCCCGGAACGAGCUCAGUACUAUUGCGAUAAGCAGAUUGAGUGGUUGAAGAAGUUUGAGCUUGGUUUUGACGACAAGGACCCUUCGACAUGGACUGCUGAUCAUCUCCCUGUGAGCUUCAAGGGAGGUAUGUACUCCGCAUACGGCGCAUCCCACGAAAAGAUGGCAUGGGAAGCCCGCAUGGAACACAAGAUUAUCGAAGUGUUUGAGAAGCUCUGGGAAACCAACGAGCUCAUCACUUCAUUCGACGGCAUGAACAUCUCUAUGCCGAACCGCAAAGACAUUACCUGGAGCCCUUGGCCGCAUUGCGAUCAGAACCCCGAGAGGAAAGGAAUGCAAGCCGUUCAGGGUCUCCUCAACUUCGCCCCCAACGGUCCCAAAGACGGUGGGCUCAUGCUCAUGAGGGGCUCCGCCAAGCUUUUUGACGAGUUCUUCGCCCACAAGCGCGAGUCCGCCGACCACGAAGACGCCCCGCCCCCCGAGAUCAAGUUCAUGGACCUCUUCCUCUUCAGCGAGAAGGACGUCAAGUGGUUCGAGAGCAAGGGCUGCGAGCUGUUCAAGGUCAACAUGGAACCCGGCGACUUCGUCCUCUGGGACUCGCGUACGAUGCACUACGCCCGCUUCCCGGAGGGCGACCAGAUCAGACACGUGCAGUACAUCUGCAUGACCCCGCGCAAGUUCGCGACGGACGAGGCCCUUGAGGCGAAGAAGUUUUGUUUCGAGAACUGGUAUGGGACCACGCAUUGGCCUCAUUGCAAUAUCCGCCCUUCACAGGACAAGCCAAAGAGGAAUGGCGAGGUUUGCCCAAAGUACCGAUCAGAGCCAUUUGAGAAGCCUGAGAUCACGGAUAAGUUGCUGAAGCUUGCCGGUGUCAAGCCAUACUGA